AUGGCUUCUAUCGCGAUCCGCAACGCCCUCCCUUCACCGACCCGUCUCAUUCGACCAACAAUGUCUGGAUUGCAGCAAAUACGACACCAGACCCAAACGCGCGGGAUUUCGUUCUCAUCAUACCUCGUCUCUCCGAAGGAGCUUUCUGAAGCUCUGAAGAAGAACCCGACUACAAAGAUCUCUACAUCUCCUCGUGUGAUCCCCCUCUGCGCUGCGUGGUUUAUGCCGAAUGACCCGGAAGGGCGCACAGGAAUUGACGUCUUCCGCAAGCAUCGCAUACCCCAGGCACGGUUUUUCGACCUGGACGCUAUCAAGGACAAUGAGUCUCCUUAUCCACAUAUGCUCCCCACGGCAGAGACAUUCGCCGAGGCCAUGAGUGAGCUUGGCAUCCGACGUGAUGAUGAGGUGGUGGUUUACGAUACAGAGGAGCUUGGUAUCUUCAGUGCUCCGCGGGUUGGCUGGACCUUGCGGGUACUUGGGCAUCCCAAGGUGCAUAUUCUCAAUAACUACCGACUUUGGAUUCGGGAGAACUACCCUACGGAGACCGGAGCGCUUUAUCAGCCGGAGAAGACGAAUUACCCUGUCCCUAGCUACGACUCGAAGCUUGUGAUUCCUUACCUCGAGCUGAAGGAAAUUGCCAAGGAACACCGCAAGGAGGGUGCGAAAGAAGUUGAGAUCUUGGACGCCCGAUCCUACGGUCGCUGGGCAGGAAAAGAUCCAGAGCCACGCCCCGGGCUGGCCUCGGGACAUAUUCCAGGCUCCAAGAGCUUGCCAUUCCAGGAAUUGCUGGACCCCGAAACCAAGGCCUUCCUUCCUCCAUCGGAGCUCCGCAAAAUUUUUGAAGAACGUGAGCUCGAUGCGACCAAGUCCAUUAUCAGCUCCUGUGGUACUGGUGUGACGGCCACCAUCCUCGAAACAGCUUUAGGACUAGCAGAAUUCGGAGCGCCUAGUCUACGAAGGGUAUACGAUGGCAGCUGGACUGAGUGGGCACAGCGAGUGAAGCCAACAGAUGGCCUGAUCAAGAAAGCCGGUUGCCCAGCCGGCGAUUUUUUGAACACCAUGUCCACCGGACGCAAGGUCUUCCACUGUGCCGUGGAUGAGACGGCAUUGACUACCAACAUCAGCGAAAUCAAAAAAUGGACAACAAAUGGGGCGAUUACUCUUAUUGUUCCUCUCUACACUCUGGAACGCCUCCACGCACUGAAAAAAGCCGGAUCCCAGGUCGCCAUCAACGCCCGAGAAGCUGUGCGUUUCCUUGACCGCGUUACCUCCGGAAAAGAUAAUGUUGCCGCCGAGAGGAUCGUUUUGCAAGGGCCGAUGGAGCAGUACGAAGAUUGGUCUGAAGCCGAGAAGUUUUUCCUACCGGAGUUUGAGGAAGAGCCGGAGGCCGCCAAUGGACCCGUGAGCGCAGGCGAGCGAAAUUUGCGGCGCGAGAAGCGAGAGGAAAAGUUUAGACAUCAGAAGAAAAACACCGCCGCACCGGAUGAUCUAUCGCAAAUGCUUCUCAGCAAGUUGAAUUUCAAGAAAGAUGCGGAUGCCGUUUCGAUAACCUCCACCGGUACCCAUAGUGCCCCAGCUUCCCGACCGUCUUCUAGGAGCUCGCGGACUAGCCCCGAAUGCGCAAAUGACCAUACAAUUGUGAACGGCGAGGAGCCUGAAGAACCAAAGCCCAAGCGUGCUUUAGGACACCGCCGCACCGCAUCUGGGUCUACUAUUCCGGUGGUUCCCCCCGUGCUCCGACCAUUGCUUAGUGCGCUUCUCUGGCGGUUGCAUAGCGGCCCCGAUGCGUCACAUGCUGCCAAAACUUGCAUCCUAAUCACCAACGAUCGCCCGACCCAGAUCUGGACCCAGAAGUUUGGCAUCGGAGUCAAGAACAUUCAUCAGCUGCGGACCUCGAUCCAGUACGAAGAGCGGGAAUACAAGAAUCGAUGUAAAUACGUCGAGAAAACCCAGAUCCAGCCCACGGAACCCAAGUCUUUGCUAUCCUACGAGGAAGAAAGCGACGAGGAUGAGCUCGUCUUCGUCCCUCGCGGCCGCGGAAAAGGUGCCUCGAGAGGUGGAGGCUCUCGUGGAGGCGGGAGCAACCGCAAGGCUUCGACUAUACCAGCAGCCGGAACGGCAACGGCAGCAGCAAUAACCAAGUCUGCUGCACCACCGUUGGAAAACACAAUGGAAAUUCCCACGCAGCCGAUCGAUCCUAACUCCUUCAGUCGAUCCCUUGGUGGCAACCCCAAGAAGCAGCCCCCGGUUGACCUCAGUUCUCAGGCUGGUGCCUCACGUGGCAUUGCCGGUGCCUCGCGCAAUCACACCAACAGUCGUCGGGGUGCUUCUCGUGGGCCAUCUCGUGGCAGUGCCCGUGGUCGUGGUAAGCUCUGGGUUCCUUGA